AUGAGUUACAAUAACCCCAUCAUCCCGGGGUUCAAUCCCGACCCAUCGAUUGUUCGUGUCGAUAAAGACUUUUUCUUGGUCACCUCCACCUUUGAAUACUUCCCUGGAGUUCCCAUUUACCACAGUCAGGAUUUGAUCCAAUGGACAUUGAUCGGUCAUGCGUUGACACGACCCAGUCAGCUUCAAAUUCAUACGCCAGAACCGGGAGGAGGCGUGUGGGCAACCACAAUUCGUUACCAUGGGGGGUUUUACUAUAUCAUCGCUGCGAGCUUUCAGCGUUAUCGUCCUCAACAGGACGACCGAGUGUGGCCACAGGGAUUUUAUGUCAAAACGACCGAUAUAUGGAAUGAGAAGACAUGGUCUGAUCCAGUCUAUUUUGAUCAAGUUGGGUUUGACCAAGAUCUCUUUUGGGAUGACGAUGAAACCGUAUAUUUAUCAUCCACCUACAGAAAGAUUCAGCCGACUACUGGUGUUAAGCUGAAAGACUUUGCGAUUCAUAUAUGUACUGUUGAUCUGGCUACCGGGAACUCUACGUCAGCACCUAAAUUGAUCCGGGAAUCUUCUUCUGGUGUUGCCGAGGGAUCACAUAUUUUCAAACGCGAUCGUUAUUGGUAUUUGUUCACAGCAGAAGGCGGUACUGAAAGUGGGCAUAGUGAAUGGGUGAACCGCAGUGAGUUCGGUCCAUUGGGACCAUGGGAACUUGGGCCAAAUAACCCUCUCUGGCGCAACGGGGUUGAAGACGAAGUACAAAACACCGGACAUGCCGAUCUGGUUGAGGACACCAAAGGGCAAUGGUGGGCAGUGGUCCUCGGUGUCCGUCCUACAAGACAGGGAGAUACGUGGGAAGACUCAGUGCUAGGCCGAGAGACAUUUCUAGUCCCCUUGGAAUGGAAAGACGACUGGCCUGUGAUUAACGGAGGCCAGAAAAUCAGUCUCAACUCCCAUGGACCUGGUCUUUAUGCAUUUCAUACCCCGGUCUUCUGGAGAGAUGAAUUUUCGGACCCGCAAAUGAAAGUUGGAUGGUAUCGAAAAAACACGCCCUUUGUGACUGACUACUCACUUACUCAGCGUCCCAAUUACCUUCGUCUCCAUGGCGGGCCGUAUAACCUGUCAGUGCCGGCAAGUCCAACUAUGUUCCUUCGUAAGCAAACCCACCACCUCUGCCGGUGGGAAACAAGGCUCUCCUUUCAGCCGACGGUAGACGAAACCGAGGCUGGCACUGUGGUGUGGUUAAAUUAUUUUACAUAUAGCAGCAUCGGUAUUAGGAAAGAUAGUAAGGGCCGUUUCAUCCGUUUUCGACCAUCAGAGGGCGACAUCAUGGAGCAUAGAUUGGAUACAAAAUCCGCUGUCACUCUCACAGUUGACUGUGGCAUAGAGUAUCGAUUUGGGUAUCGUGAAGGCACAGAAUCUGAUAUCCACUGGAUUGGGUCAGUUUCUAACAGUGCUGCUACGGCAGCACCUCCAGUUGGGGCCAACUUUACUGGCAUGAUGUUGGGUCUAUAUGCAUUUGGAGAGCGCCAGCGAUGCCUGGCCCCAGCCGAUUUUGCGUAUGCAGAGUUUAGAUAA